AUGGCCCCCGCGGCCGCCGCCCCAGAAAUCAACUUCGGCUCCUUCACCCAAAAGCCCGCCCGCAUCAUCCCCGCCUCCCCAUCCUACUUCUCCGGCAGCCCGCGGUUCACCGACCACGUCCUGAAGCUAGAAACUCUGCAAGCGAAGUACGCCUCACUCCCUACAGUGGCUACGAGCGAAGCACCACGCAUGGCAUGGUUCAAGCUGCCGCAGUUCCGCGACUACGUGGGCGAGCCCGUGCCCAUGAAGAAAUACAAGUCCCUGGUCAAGAUCCUGCAGCGACUGAACCGCAUCCAGCCCGAUAUGGUGCCGGACGAGGUGCGCAAUACUCUCAGCGCGUUCUUGCGUCCUGGUAACCCGUAUGCGGUGGAGAAUGUGCCGCGGACGGUGGAUGAGCAUGGGCGCGCUCGCGGGAAGGGGAAGAGGAAGGAGUCUACGGCUGUUGUGCAGCUUGUUGAGGGCGAGGGUGAGGUACUGGUUAAUGGGAAGAGUUUGGUGGAGGUGUUUAAGCGGGUUCAUGAUCGUGAGAGUGCGCUCUGGGCGCUGAGAUGUACACAGCGCUUGGAUAAAUAUAAUGCCUGGAUUCGGGUGCAGGGUGGUGGUGUUACUGGUCAGGCUGAGGCGAUUACGUUGGCUCUUGGUAGGGCUUUGCUGUUGCACGAGCCUGGGUUGAAGCCGGUUCUGAGGAAGGCCGGUGCCAUCACGGUCGACGCCCGUCGCGUCGAGAGAAAGAAGCCCGGUCACGUCAAGGCCCGCAAGAUGCCUACCUGGGUUAAGCGUUAA